CGGACACGCCCCUUCUCCCCGCUCCCGCGGCCCAGCAGGUUGGGGGGCGGCAGGAGCCCCCCGCACCCCACAGCCGCGGGUGGGCCCCACAUCACCCCACACCCCCCGGGUGGGCCCCACAGCGACCCACAACCCCCAGUGGGACCCAGGGGUCCGGGCCCCGCAUCACCCCCCACAUCCCCCCCCCCCCCGGGUGGGCCCCACACCCCUGGAGUAGGCCCCACAGCCCGAGUGGGCCCCACAGCGACCCACAACCCCCGGGUGGGACCCAGGGGACCGGGCCCCACAUCACCCCACACCCCUGGAGAAGGCCCCACAGCCUGAGUGGGCCCCACAGCGACCCACAACCCCCGGGUGGGACCCAGGGAUCCAGGCCCCACAUCACCCCACAGCUCCCAGGGGGUCCCACCCUGCCCCACACCCCCCGAGUGGGCCCCACAGCCCGGGUGGGCCGCAGCCCGCCCCACACCCCACGCCGAUGCAGGCCAGCGCCAGCCCCUCAGGCCGCCCCAUGGACGCCCCCACCGGAGCCGCUGAGGACACCCCCAAGGAGCCGGCUGCAGCCGGAGCCCCCGCCGGCCGGCCCUACAUCUGCAGCGAGUGCGGCAAAGCCUUCGGUCAAUGGUCGAAGCUGGAGCGUCACCGGCGCAGCCACACUGGCGAACGGCCCAACGCCUGCGGCGAAUGCGGUAAACGUUUCGCCCAACGCUCCCACCUGGCCCAGCACCUCCGGACCCACACCGGCGAACGCCCCUACAAAUGCAGCGACUGCGGCAAAGCUUUCGGUUGGAGCUCCAACCUGGCCCAGCACCGACGCACCCACACCGGCGAGCGCCCUUACGCCUGCGCCGAAUGCGGCAAAGCCUUCAGCCAAAGCACCAACCUGGUGAAACACCAGCGCGCCCACGCCGGCGAGCGACCCUACGCCUGCGGUCAAUGCCGGAAAGCGUUUUACCGUAGCUCCGAUCUCCUCCAACACCAAGCCAGCCACUCCGGUGAGCGACCCUACCGUUGCGGCCAAUGCGGCAAAAGCUUCGCCCAACGCGCCAACCUCCUCAAGCACGGCAAGACCCACGGCGGCGAGAAACCCUUCCGCUGCGGCGAGUGCGGCAAAGGCUUCGUCCAAAGCUCGGAGCUCAUCCAGCACCAGCGCAGCCACAGCGGCGAGAAACCCUUCGCCUGCGGCGAGUGCGGCAAACGCUUUGGUCACGGGGCCACCUUGGCCAAGCACCGGCGGUUGCACCUGGGCUUGCAGCCGCACCGCUGCGGGGAGUGCGGGCGAGCCUUCGGGCUACGCUCGGCGCUGGCGCGGCACCAACGGGCGCACGGGGAGGAACGACCCUUCGCCUGCGGCGAGUGCGGCCAAGCCUUCGCCCUCCGUUCCAACCUCGCCCUGCACCGGCGGACGCACGCCGGCGAACGACCUUACCGCUGCGGCGAGUGCGGCAAAGCCUUCGGCAUGAGCUCCACCCUGGUGCGGCACCAGCGCAUCCACACCGGCGAGAAACCCUACGGCUGCGGCGAGUGCGGGCGGGCUUUCGUCCGCAGCGCCCACCUGGAGCAGCACCGGCGGACCCACACCGGCGAACGGCCCUACGGCUGCGCCCGUUGCGGCCGGCGCUUCAGCCAGAGUUCCAACCUCAUCACCCACGAGCGGGUGCACCUGGAGGAGGCCCACGGGGCGGCGCAGGGGAGGAUGAGUGUGGAGACGUUGGAGGUUCAACCAUGUGCGGACACGUUGGAGGGUCAACCAGGCUUGGAGGCAUUGGAGGGGCACCCAAAGACCAAGAUGUUGGAGGUUCAACCAAGUAUGGAGAUGUUGGAGGGUCAACCAGGCUUGGAGGUGUUGGAGGGGCACCCAAAGACCGAGACGGUUGGGAUGCAACCAUGUGUAGACACGUUGGAGGGUCAACCAGUCUUGGAGAUGUUGAAGGAGCACCCAAAGACCAUGAGACUUGAAGAGCACCCACAUUUGGAGAUGCUGGAGGCUCACCCGAGCUUAGAGGUGAUGGAGAAGCACCCAAAGACCAAGAGACUUGGGGUGCCCCAUGGUCUGGAGACGUUGGAGGAGCGCCCAAAGACCACAGGACUUGGGGUGCACCAAGGUUUAGAGAUGAUGGAGGAGCACCCAAAACCCAAGAGACUUGGGGUGUCCCACGGUCUGGAGAUGUCGAAGGGGCACCCAAAACCCGGGAACCUUGGGGUGCACCAAGGGUUGGAGACCAUGGAGGAGCACCCAAAGACCAGGAACCCCAAGGUGGAGCACCCCGAGGUGGGGCACCCCAUGGAAGAGCACCCCAAGACCAGGAACCCCAUGGAGGAGCACCCCAUGAUGGAGCACCCCAAGGUGGGGCACCCCAUGGAGGAGCACCCCGAGGUGCUGGACCCCUGCGUCAGCCACGUUGAGGCCACCGCAGCCCACGGCUCCUCCGGCGGCCACGACGGGCCCUGCUCCAGUGGCCAUGCUGUGGCCGAGUCCAGCGGCCACGUCGUGACCAGCCUGAGAACCCACGUCCCGCCCAGUAGAGGCGGCUAUCUCAUGGCCAGCUUGGGCAGCCAUGGUGUGGCCAGCUCUGUUGGCCAUGUCAUGGCCAAGUCCGGUGGUCAUAUUGUGGCCAGCUCCGGCAGCCACUUUGUGGCCAGGUUGGGCGCAUACGUCAUGCCCAAUGCCAGCAGCCAUGUCAUGGCCAACACUGGCAGCCAUGGUGUGCCCAGGUUGACCACCCAUGUCAUGUCCAGCACCAGCAGCCAUGCCAUGGCCGAUGCCGGUGGCCGUACCGUGGCCAGGUUGACCACCCAUGUCAUGUCCAGCACCGGUAGCCAUGCCAUGGCCAACACCGGUGGCCAUACCGUGGCCAGGUUGACCACCAAUGUCAUGUCCAGCACCGGUAGCCAUGCCAUGGCCGAUCCCGGUGGCCAUAAUGUGGCCAGGUUGACCACCCACAUCAUGCCCAGUGCCCACAGCCAUACCAUGGCCAAUCCCGGUGGCCAUAAUGUGGCCAGGUUGACCACCCAUGUCAUGCCCAGUGCCGGCGGCCAUGCCAGGGCCAACUCUGGCAGCCAUAGUGUGGCCAGCUCCAGCUGCCACGUCAUGGCCAAGUCUGGUGGCCACGCCCUGGCCACCUCCAGCAAUACCGAGGCCAGGUCCGGUGGCCAUAUUGAGGCCAGCGACCAUGUUGAGGCCAGCCCCAGCGGCCACGUCCGCCCGCCCGCUGGCGGCCAUGUUGUCCCCGCUUUCCGCCUCCCGCUUCCCAUGCGUCCUCUCGUGUUUGCGCAGCCCCGAGGCUCCCCCGAAGCCCUUCCCGCAGCGCCCGCAGGCGUAGGGCCUCUCGCCGGAGUGCGUCCGCCGGUGCUUGCCCAGCGCCGCCCGCUCCCCGAAACCCUUCCCGCACUCCCCGCACCGCCAGGGCCGCUCGCCCGUGUGGGUCAACCGGUGCCGCUUGAGGUCCCAGGAGGCCACGAAAGCUUUGCCGCACUCCCCGCACCGCCACGGCCGCUCGCCCGUAUGGGUCCGCCGAUGCACCGCCAGAUCCGCCGGCUGCCGGAAAGCUUUGCCGCAUUCCCCGCAGACGUAAGGUUUCACGCCUUGGUGGGCGCGUUGGUGCCGGCGGUAGCUGGAGGGGUCGGAGAACAUCCGCCCGCACUGGGGACAGAGGUAGGGACGUUCCCCGGUGUGGACGCGCUGGUGGCUCUGGAAGGAGGAGAGCUGGGUGAAGGACUUCCCACAGGUCCCGCAGGCGUAGGGCUUGCGGGGAGCGUGGAUGCGCUGGUGGCAGGCGAGCGAGGAGGAACGGCCGAAGCUCUUGCCGCACUCGGCGCAGAGGAAGGGCCGCUCGCCCGUGUGGCUGCGUUGGUGGUUGCGGAGGUCCUUGCGUUCGGCGUAGGCUUUGGGGCAGGCGCCGCAGCGGUGGGGACGAAGCCCGGCGUGACCGCGACGGUGUUUACGGACUUGGGGCAGGCGGCGCAGGGGAAGGGGGGAGCGGGACGGGGGCAGGCGGAGCAGGGGGCGUCCGUGGCGGCGGUGGCACCUCCGGAUGCUUUGGAUGAGGACGUGGUGGUGGCGGUGGCAUCUCCAGAUGCUUCAGAUGCAGAUUUGGUGGUGGUGGUGGUGGCAUCUCCGGGUGCUUUGGGUGCAUCAACCGCAGCACCAGCACCGCCGGAUGUGCUGGUGGUGGCGUCUCCGGGUGCUUCGGAUGUGUCCGUGGUGGUGGUGGCGUUGCCAGGGACGGUGGCGGUGGCACCUCCGGAUGCUUUGGACGUGGCUGUCGUAGCGGUGGGAUCUCCAGAUGCUUUCGAUGCAGCCCUCGUGGCGGUGGCACCUCUGGACCUGGUGGUGGUGGCACCUCUGGACCUUGUGGUGGUGGCACCUCCAGCUGUUUUGGACGUGUCCACCAUGGUGGUGGCAUCUCCAGAUGUGGCGGUGGUGGAAUCUCCGGAUGCUUUGGGUGCAUCCGUUGUGGUGGCAACGCCUCCAGAAGCGGUGCUGGUGGCACCUCUGGUCCUUGUGGUGGCUGUGGCACCUCUGGACCUGGUGGUGGCGGCACCUCUGGACCUGGUGGUGGUACCCACAGAAGUGGUGGACGUAUCCAUCAUGGUGGUGGCACCCCCGGAUUCUUUGGAGACGUCCAUCGUGGUGGUGGUAUCUCCAGAUGUUUCAGAGACAUCCGUCAUGGCGGCGGCACCUCUGGACCUGGUGGAGGUGGCACCUCUGGACCUGGUGGCAGUGGCACCUAUGGGGCUGGUAGGUGCAGCCGUCGUGGCAGCGACACCUCUCGACCUGGUUGUGGUGGCACUUCUGGAUCUGGUGGUGGCACCUCCGGAGGUGGUGGACACGUCCGUCAUGGCGGUGGCACCUCUGGACCUGGUGGCGGUGGCACCUCUAGACCUGGUGCCACUUCCAGACGGGGUGGACACGUGCGUCUGGGCGUGGCGCAGGGCCCGGGGCGGGGUGGGAAAGGUGGUGGCGCAGGUCCCCAUGGGUGUCAUUGUUGACGUCUCCAUGGGUGUCAUCGUUGAGGUCUCCAUGGGUGUCAUUGUUGACGUCUCCAUGGGUGUCACCUCGGAUGUUGCCGUGGGCGUCACUGCUGAUGUCCCCGGGGGUAUCAUCGAGGGCAUCAUCUUGGACUUCCCCACGGGUGCCACCGCAGCCACGGCCACGGGUGCCACCACAGACGUCCCCACGGGUGCCAUCAUGACAACGGCCAUGGGGGGGAGGAAGCGGAAGGGGCGGGGCCCAGCGGUCACUUCCGGUCUCCCCGCAACAAAAGGAGGUGCCGUGUGGAGCCCGGUGCAUUGUGGGACGCCGAGAGACACCCCCCCCCCCAAAAAAAAGUGGGGGUUGGGGCUUGGAGGGGGAGGGGGGGUGUCCCGUGUCACCGUCACCACCAUGGCGGCGGCACCGGCACCGUCCCCCGAGCGCCUGUGCGCGCCGGCAGCGUCGUCGGCGUCAUCAUCGGUGUCAUCGUCGGCGUCAUCGGUGUCAUCGUCGGUGGGCGAACGCCGUUACCGGUGCGGGGAGUGCGGGAGGAGCUACCGGCACGCGGGGAGCCUGGUCAACCACCGCCGGAGCCACCAAACCGGCGUCUACGGCUGCGGCGCCUGCGGCAAACAGCUCUACAACCUCGCCGCCCUCAACAGCCACCGCCGCGCACACCGCCGCGCGCAGGCGGACGGACGGGCGCGGGACGGCGACGAGGCGGCAUCGGCAUCAUCGGCGACGGCGUCGACGGGACGACUGUACGGUUGCGGGGAGUGCGGUCGGCGGUACCGGCACCGGGGUAGCCUGGCCAACCACCGGCACACGCACCGCACCGGCGUCUUCGCCUGUUCCCUCUGCCCCAAACACUUCCCCAACCUGAUGGCGCUGCGCACGCACACCCGGGGGCACCGCCGGGGACGGUGGUCCGCCCCGCGCCGCGUGACCGACGCCGCGACAGCCGCCGAGCGGGUGUACCGGUGCGAGGUGUGCGGGAAGACCUACCGGCACUCGGGCAGCCUGAUCAACCACAAGCAGACGCACCAGACAGGCGAUUUCGGCUGUAGCCUCUGCGCCAAACGCUUCUCCAACCUGGGCGCGCUGAAGGGACACCUGCGGGGACACCGGCGCCGGCGUCACCAUCACCACCACCGCCGCAACGGCUGCGCCGCGCUGCCGCCGCCACCGCCGGCGGGAAUCUACCAGUGCUCGCUGUGCCCCAAGGAGUUCGGCGGCCUCCCGGCGCUACAGGCGCAUUUCCGGCGGCACAGGCGGCCGCGGGGUGUUGCGGGGGAGGAGGAAGAGGAGGAGGAGGAAGAAGAGCGGCCCUUCCUCUGCAGCCUGUGCGGCGGCAUCUUUCCCGGCGAGGCCGACCUGGCGCGGCACCACCGGCAGGAACACGCGGCGGUGCCGGCGACGCCGGUGCCGGUGCCGGAGGGGUGUUGGGGGGAGGCGUCGGGCGACGAGUUGUGGCACAUCUGCGGUUACUGCGGGCAACCCUUUGCCGACCUGGACAGCCUGCGGGAGCACAGCCGGAGCCACCGCGCCGAGGAGGCGGCCGCGCUGGCUGACGUAGCCGGCGGCGAGCGGCGACCCUACGCCUGUAGCGUCUGCGGGAAGACGUACCGCCACGGCGGCAGCCUGGUCAACCACCGGCAAACCCACCAGACCGGCGUCUUCCCCUGCGCCGUCUGCGCCCGCCGCUACCCCAACCUCGCCGCCUACCGCAACCACCUCCGCAACCACCCCCGCUGCAAGGCGGGACCGUCGGCACCGCCGGCAACGCCGGGAGGGGAACCGGCGUGCGACGCCUGUGCCGGCAAGGAGGAGGAGGAGGAGGAGGAGAAGGAGAGGCGACGGGCGGCGGCGCGGCCUUUCCGCUGCGAGGUGUGCGGCCGCAGCUACAAGCACGCCGGCAGCCUGGUCAACCACCGGCAGACCCACACCACCGGCCUGUUCCGCUGCGCCGCCUGUCACAAGGCUUUCUACAACCUGAUGGCCCUCAAGAACCAUCGGCGCACCCACGCCGAGCGCCGCCGGCACCGCUGCGGGCUCUGCCCCAAGGCUUUCCGCCUGCGCCGGCAGCUCCUGGGCCACCAGCGCCUGCACCCCCCCGCCGCCUGUGACCUACAGGCGGACGAGGGGCCGCCCGCACAGCCGGAUGCCGUGGAGGCGGCGUCGGAGGGCUCGCCAGCGCUGCCAACCGCGUUACGGGCGGCAGAGGUGUCUAUAGGACACCCGGAUGGGAUGGAGAUGGUGUUGGAGGACUCUUUGGCACCGCCGGCAAGGUUACAGGCGGAGGAGGGACCUCCUGGACACCUAAACACGAUGGAGACGGUGUUGGAGGACUCUUUGGCACCGCCGGCAACGUUACAGGCGGAGGAGGGACCUCCGGGACACCCAGACGCGAUGGAGACGGUGUUGGGGUCCUCCCCGGCACCACCGACCGUGUCACAGGCGGCUGAGGGGUCUAUGGGACACCCGGACGCGAUGGAGACGGUGUUGGAGGACUCCCUGGCACCGCCGACCACGUUACAGGCGGCGGAGGGGUCUGUGGGACACCUGGACGCGAUGGAGACGGCGUUGGGGUCCCCCUCGACACCCCAAACCGCGUUGUUGGCGUUACAGGUGCCUCCGGGUCAGCUGAACACCCCGGUGACGGUGUCGGAAUCCUCCCCGUCACCCCGGACGGCGUUAUCGGCGCCGGGGGCGUCCCCGGUACACCCCAACCCGCGAGAACCGGGGUGCGAGUCCUCCCCGGCCGCGGCGGUGACGGUGUUGGAGUCCCCCCCGCCGCCGUCCCGCGCCCCCCCGAACCAUCGGACGGCCACCAAGUCCUCCCGGACCCCCCGACCCCCGGAACCGGCGCGGUGUCACCCCACGCACGCGGUCGGGGGGCAGCGCCGGGGGGCCCGGCCCCCCCCCCCCGCCACCGCUCCCCCGGGAGCGCCGAGGCCGAAGGGUGACGGGGUUGGGGGGUUGCGGGGGGGGGGGGGGGCACCCCGUUUCCCUCCCCGUGAUUAAA